UUGGAGUUGCAGGAUCGACAGGGUCAAUUCAGCCAGUAGUAACACGACCCCGCAUCGUACCACUCAAUCAGGCAGGAGCCAUAUCAGGUGUGACGUCCUACGGUACCUGCGAUCCCCAGUGAACAUCUCUGAUAAAGCACCGAUGGUUCUUGAUACUCUAGUCCGGUCACUCUUUCGCUUUUGCCUUUCGCAACAGCACGGUCACCAUGUUUCGUCGCUGGCUCUGGAACACACUGGCGCUCUUGUGUGUCUUUAUUCCCGUAGAGGCAAGGAGCUUUCCGAAACGUACGCAUAGCUCCGAUGUGCUGGAAUAUGUCAAUCCGUUGAUCGGGAGUCAGGCGGGGGGGAAUGUUUUUGCUGGUGCAACGUUACCUUAUGGCAUGGUGAAAGUUUCCCCGGACGUCAACGGCGAAAACACAGGAGGAUUCUCAACAGACGGAUCGCAAAUCACUGGUUUUUCAGCACUCCACGACUCAGGGACAGGCGGCAAUCCUAGUCUCGGCAACUUCCCAAUCUUUCCUCAAAUUUGCUCCAGCGACGAUGUCAACACCUGCAAGUUUCCCAUAGGAGCGAGGGCCAUCAAUUACACCAAUGGCUCCAUCAUUGCGAAACCCGGCCACUUUGGUGUUACGCUUGAAAAUGGUAUCAAGGCUGAUAUGACCGUGUCUGAGCAUGCUGCACUCUUUGAAUUUGAUUUCUCCGGGAACUCAAAUGGGAACGGGAGCGGUGAUCCGUUGAUCAUGCUGGACCUCACCGACCUCUGGGCUAGUAGACAAAAUGCAUCAAUCAGCGUGGAGGCAGAGGAUGGAAAUGAAGGAGGAAGAGUAAAAGGACACGGAACGUUCUUGCCCAGCUUUGGCGCGGGAUCGUACGUCGCGUACUUCUGUCUGGACCUGAGUGGUGGUACCGUCAAAGAUUCUGGUGUAUGGGUGAACAAUAGGGCCGGUACUGAACCGAAGGAUCUACACGUCACGCGUGGUUUCAAUUUGUUUUACCUCGAAGCUGGAGGCUUUGUCCGGUUCAAAGGACCACUGUCAGGGCCGAUAUCUGCAAGAAUGGGCAUCAGUUUCAUCAGCACUGAACAGGCCUGCAGAAACGCAGAGGAAGAAAUUCCAGGUCCAGACUUUGAUUUCGAUGGCCUCGUGAGCAAAGCACAAGACGCAUGGAGAAGAAAGCUCUCCCCAAUCUCGAUCGAGUCCGGUGGAGCCGACGAAAGCAUGCUCGCUAGUUUUUGGAGCGCUGUCUACCGUACCAUGAUCUCGCCGCAAGACUACACCGGCGAGAACCCGCAUUGGACUUCAUCAGAGCCAUAUUUCGACAGCUUCUACUGCCUAUGGGAUAUGUGGCGGGUGCAACUACCUUUUCUAACUAUCAUGGAUCCUUUGCAACAGUCGCGCAUUGUCAGAAGCCUUCUGGAUAUCUACAAGCACCGCGGCUGGCUCCCCGACUGCAGCAUGAGCACAUGCAAGGGGUGGACACAAGGCGGAUCCGACGCGGACAACGUGCUUGUUGACGCGUACGUCAAGAACCUUACCAACAUUGACUGGGACCUUGCCUACGAUGCGAUAGUCAACGACGCGGAAAACGAGCCACUUGAGUGGAGCAUAGAGGGCCGCGGUGGGCUUGCGUCGUGGAAGCGGCUAAAUUAUAUACCGUACCUAGACUUCGAUCCCAACGGUUUUGGCACAAAUUCUAGGAGCAUAUCGCGGACACUGGAGUACUCGUACAAUGACUUCGCCCUUGCGACUCUGGCGAAGGGCUUGGGCAAAGAUACGUACGCGAAAUAUAUUGGUCGUGCGCAAAAUUGGCAGAACUUGUUCAAGGCUGAUCAGACAUCGGAUAUAAAUGGGACUGAUACAGGAUUCACGGGUUUCUUCCAGCCAAAGUAUCUGAAUGGGACAUGGGGCUACCAGGACCCGGUCGCUUGCAGUCCGCUGGCAGACUUUUGCUCACUGACAAGCAAUCCGAGCGAGACGUUUGAGAGCAGUGCAUGGGAAUAUAUGUUUUUCGUACCACACGACAUUGCUAAGAUCAUCGAGCUACUCGGCGGUGAAGAAACGUUCCUCAAGCGCCUUGAUUUCUUCCACACCUCUGGACUUGCAGAUAUCGGUAACGAACCUGUGUUUCUAACGGUCUAUAUGCCGCACUAUGCAGGCCGCCCCGGGCUCAGUGCGAAGAGGGUCCAUUACUACAUACCCUCUCGCUUCAACUCCUCUCUCGCUGGUCUUCCCGGCAACGACGAUUCUGGUGCCAUGGCAUCCUUCACCCUGUUCUCCACGAUCGGCCUUUUCCCUAAUCCUGGCCAGAACGUGUACUUCAUCAUUCCGCCUUUCUUCGAAUCUGUCAGCAUUACUUCACCGGCUACCAAUAAGACCUCAACGAUAAAGAAUACCAACUUCGACAAGGAGUACCAGAAUAUCUAUAUUCAGAGCGCUAAGCUGAACGGUGAGGACUACAGCAAGAACUGGAUAGGACACGAGUUCUUCACCGAGGGGUGGACGCUCGAACUAGUUCUCGGGAGUGAGGAAAGUGAGUGGGGUACCAAGAUGGAGGAUAGACCACCGAGUCUUUCAGAUGCGACUGGAAGCAUAGGUUAUCUGACUUAGGGAAGAUCAAAAGUAGAUAGACCGCUCCGUACAAGAUAUAAUUCACGUGCAGUCGGCGACACUGACACACCUCUUCACCAUCCUCCCUCAGGUCCC